AUGCUUUCAUCUAGGAUGAUGCUAAUUUUUAGAACUAGAUCUGUGAUUAAUGUUCAAAGAAAAUAUAGCCUGAGAGCUUCAUCAAGGGUAUUUGAACAAAAUGAUAACAGUACUUCAAAAGGUCUGAGUGCAAGAGAAGCAAGAUUGCAACCUGAAACGUUAAGAGGAAGAACCUACAGGCCGAUGCUUACAUUAAACUCGGAAGUUGCUAAAGCCAUUAACAAUAAUAUAACCGCCUUGCAUCUCCCUAACAAUUUGAGAAGAGUGGCAAAAAACCAGUACUUAUCAUUACAGGAGAAAAAACUUCACCAAGUACCCAAGACUGAAUUAGAGAUAGACUCACACAUUGCGUCAUUCUUUUUACAUGAUUAUGGUUCAAUAUAUCAGGUACUGAUGGAUUUAAAAAACAUUCACAAGGAAAAUUUUAAACCAAAGAACGUUCUAGACGUUAGUAUGGGUCCGGCGACAGGUAUUGUAGCGUUUAACGAUGUUAUGGGGCCCGAUUAUAGGUGCAAUAAGGACUCUGUGAUCGAAGCUGGCCCUGAAAUGCAAAAACGAGCUAAGAUCAUUUUAAGUAGGCAAUACAAUGAAAUACCAGAUGAUGUAUUAGAAGAACAACUAAAACAAACAUCUAAUACAGAGACAAAAAUAGAAUCAGAUGAGUCGGCAGAUAAUAUAACGGAAGGUGAAGAUCUUGUGGGUGAAGUUAUGACUAAGAAGAUCAAAAUACAAACAAAAUUGAAGAACUUUAUACCUAUGGGGAAACAAUAUGAUCUGAUUAUAAUAUCUCAUCAACUUUUACAACAUGAAGGGAAAUUCCCUAUUGAGGUAGACCACAAUAUAGAGAAGUAUCUCAAAUUAUUAGCUCCAGGUGGCCAUAUAGUAGUCAUCGAACGUGGUACACCUCUAGGAUUCGAAACUGUUGCCAGAGCUCGACAAAUUAUGAUUCGUCCUGAAAGAUACCCCGAUGAAUAUGGGAAAAUACCAAGACCUUGGAUUGCCGGUAACUCCAUUAAAGAACCUACUCCAAUAGAAGAACAGUCGGAUGAAAUGCAUAGCAAUCAAAAGAAGCAAGAUGAUUGCGAUUAUCAUUUGACAAUAUUAGCUCCAUGUCCACAUCAUAGAGUAUGUCCCUUACAAACCAAUAAUCCAAAUUUUUUCGAAUUAAAAGAAGGUAAGAAAUUAAAAUUCUGUUCUUUUGAAAAAGCUAUAAAGAGACCAAAAUUUAGUUUAGAAUUGAAGAAAGGUAAAUUGUUAGCUAAUAAAUGGGACGAAGGAGAUCCAGAAUUAGUAAAUAAAAGACAAAAUAUGAAAUUAGCUGGAUCUGGUAGAAGAAACGGUAAUGAUUAUGAAUUGGUUCAUUAUUCAUAUCUGGUUGCCAAAAGAUCAUUUAACGACAAAGAGACAAUAUGUAAGAUAAAUGAAAUGAGAAAUAAAGAUCGAACAGAAGAAAACAAGAAAUACCAAGUUGGAUGUCUAGGUGAUAAUACACCAAAUACUUGGCCUAGAAUCAUUAACCAUCCAGCAAAGAAGAAGGGUCAUAUUAUCCUUGAUGUCUGUGGGACUUCUGGUAAGAUUGAAAAAUGGAUCAUCCCAAAAUCAUUUUCAAAGGAAAUAUAUCAUGAUGCGAAAAAGGCUUAUAAAGGUGAUCUUUGGGGUCUUGAUGCAAAAACAAAAUUACCAAGUUUAGCCAAGAUCAACAUCGAUCUGUUUAAAAAAUUGGAAAAGAAAAGAAUUAAGAAAUUAAAACAAGAAAGGAAAGAAAAGGAGAGGGAGAUGUCUGAAAAAUUUAAUGAGUUGACAGACCAAGAAAAUAUGGAGGCAAUGACACAGGAGGGCAUUAAAGAAAUUUCCGAAGUAUACGCUCACUAUUAUAAAUCUAAAAUUAAGAUACCAAAAGAUCAAUUAUGA